UGUAUGUUGACAGGUUAGUAAUAGGCAAGCGUGACGUUCAAAGGGUUGUGCCGUCUUUGAAGGGAUGGUCGACGAAGAUGUUAAAGGCAAGGGAAUCCUUGGAGAUUACUUAUGGUGGCUUUGGACUUGGGCGGUUGGAUGCACCACUUUGCCAGGAGAACAACCCUGGUGUGUCUAUUGGUCAACAGCUUAUCGUGGGCAACAGAUCAAAGUCUCUUGUUGACAGGUUGGAGGAGAAAAAAACAAUUCUUCAUUCAGCAGUCCAAGACAUUAUUGAGCUAGUGCAUCAAUCACCAAAACUAGCUCAAGAUUCUGAGUUAUUCCAUUCUGUGUUUGAGAAUGCCCAGAAUUUAAUGGCUUUGAAGCCUGGAGUAGCACAUGAUCCUAGCCUAACAUCUGACCAAUUCGAUGAUGAUUUUUGGGAUAACCCAGAUAAUAUACUAGCGCUAGAGCAAGCUGAACAGGCUGCGCAAAGGGGGAAGUCAUUGAUGGACGCUCCUACUUUUAGCUUAGGGUUAUCGCAGGAACAGACAAACUUCAAUUGUGCUGACGUUUCGACCAUUGCAAGGGGGUAUGUUACCCCUCCACCACAGGUUAAUCACAAAACUUAA